AUGUCAACUGAUGCAAUUGAUGCAUAUAGUAUUGCAACAUUAGCUGGUGCGCCAUAUGCGCAAUUGUUAUCACAAUCAUUGAUUACUUGGCCAUUAAUAUUUGUCCUAUUUACUUUACCAGCAGCAAAUUUACUUAUCAAUUUAGGCCAUGUUUCGGGUGCUGGACCUGUGCUAACAUUUGCUCGUAUUGCACCAAUUGCAUCCGGUAUCGGUUGGGCACUUACCUGGUUAGCUGGUGAACGAUUAUUCAUUCGAUCAUUAACAGCUGCUCAAAAUUUCAUUUAUAUUUUUGCAUCGAUACGUAAACGUUUGGAUUGGGCAAUUGAUUGUGAUCAUAGUUACAACGAUCAUUUAUGUGUGAAUUUAUUACGAAUUAAUAUUUCACAUAGUAAAACAAAACAUCAGCCAGAUAAUAAUUGGCCAGCACAACAAUUUAACAAAUAUGGAAUUCGACAAUUACCACAUUAUACAAAUUUAUCCAGUUGGGUACCAAAUGAAUGGUACUUUGAGGAUCCAAAUGUUAUGAGAAAAUUUUCAAUUGAAUUUCCAGUUUUCUCACUUAGCUUUGCACAUAUUUUAAUUUGGCUAAUAUUAUUUUUAAUUGUAAAAAAGUAUGGUACUAAUCCAGGAUGGUUUCUUGCACGAUUUUGUUUACUACUACCAUUAGCUCUAUGUACCAUUUUAAUUUCCGGUCUUACAAUAUUUGGUUUUUCAUUUAGUAAAAGUAAUGAACGUGAAAUUGCACCGGAAAAUAUCGAAAAAUAUCCAUUUCAGUAUUUUUCUGAAAUUCAUGGCUUCUUUCGUACAACAAUUGCUUUAAUGGAUUAUUCAUCAGCUUUUACGGGAAUUUUAAUAUUUGCAUCGAGUCGUAUUCAAACUGGGAAUAUGCCAAUGAAUAGUUUAGCACUUCUUGCGGCUCAAUUAUUACCACCAACAUUUUUUUACGUUUUGAGGGAUGGUUGCAAUGGUCAUUUAGCAAAUGUACAACCUGCUUAUGAUAGUUAUGCGGCUACUGGUUUGUUUUAA